GCCCUACAGCUAUAACAUAGGGCAGAGGUUAAAUCUGUUGUCAUUUUAAUAGCAAGUAUGGUCACUGCAUACUCUCUCCCUGAAGGCUUCACUGAAUUAGAGGUGUUUGCUAUCGGCACUGCCCUGCUGGUAGAAGCCCUGCUUGGCUUCUGUCUGAAUGGCUUGACAAUUAUCUCUUUCCGAAAAAUCAAAGAACUCCGAACACCCAGCAAUUUGCUGGUUCUCAGCAUUGCACUGGCCGACUGCGGGAUCUGCAUCAACGCAUUCAUCGCUGCCUUCUCCAGCUUCCUAAGAUACUGGCCCUAUGGCUCUGACGGCUGCCAAAUCCAUGGAUUCCAGGGUUUCUUGACAGCACUAGCCAGCAUUAGCUCCAGCGCUGCAGUUGCCUGGGACCGGUAUCAUCACUACUGUACAAGGAGCAAGCUGCAGUGGAGCACGGCCAUCUCCAUGGUGGUGUUUGCAUGGCUGUUUGCCGCCUUUUGGUCCGUGAUGCCCUUGCUGGGGUGGGGGGAAUACGACUACGAACCCCUCCGAACCUGCUGCACCCUGGACUACAGCAAAGGGGACAGAAACUACAUCACAUUCCUUUUUGCUUUGUCCAUUUUCAAUUUCAUGAUCCCGGGCUUCAUCAUGCUGACAGCCUACCAGUCCAUACACCAGAAAUUCAAGAAAACUGGGCACUAUAAGUUUAAUACUGGUUUACCAUUGAAGACGCUGGUCAUUUGCUGGGGCCCCUAUUGCUUUUUAUGCUUCUACGCAGCAGUUGAAAAUGUGAUGUUCAUUUCACCAAAAUACCGCAUGAUUCCUGCUGUUAUUGCCAAGACCGUGCCUACAGUGAAUGCCUUUAUAUACGCCUUGGGAAAUGAGAACUACAGAGGAGGAAUAUGGCAGUUCCUCACAGGACAGAAGAUUGAGAAAGCAGAAGUUGAUAACAAAACUAAAUAACCUAUUACAGCACUGAGCAAAAUUAAUGCAGGCACAUCACUGAAAGCAAAACUCUAGAGGAAACUGUGUGCAAUCUCUGAUGUGUACAUGCAAAGGUGGUUCCACAUUGGAAAGGCUGUGCAUUGGCUACAACCAAUAAAGUACUAAAAGUAAGCCCUCCAGAUAACUGUCCAAACCAUCAUGAGCUGCUUGUCAAACAA